GAGGGAUUAAGAGGCACUGGUAGACUACGCGCAGGCAUUAUUUUUAGAAGAUCUGAUUCUGUGCCGAGCUCCAGUGAUGCUGCUGCUCAACCUUUUGAACGUGCAGACUGUGCUGGUGGCCCUUACCGUGGGGUUACUUGUCUACGUCAUCAGGAGGAGGUUCAUGUACAGGCUACCCCCGGGACCCUGGUCCACCCCCCUCAUUGGAAAUUUUGAAGUAUAUACCAAACCUUUAGUGCACAGAUUAAUUCUUAAGCUGUCGGAGAAGUAUGGGCCAGUCAUUCGGUUCUCCUUCGGACCUAUCACAACAGUCUUUCUAAACAACUAUGAGGUUGUAAUGGAAGCCUUGGUGAAGAGAAAGGCAGAUUUUGCUGGACGCCCGGCCUCAGUAACAUUCUCUUUGAUCAGCGAGGGAUACAAGAACAUAGCCCUGGCCUCCUACUCUCCUAUGUGGCAGUAUCAUCGACGUGUAGCCAUGAAAGCUUUAAGAAACUAUCUACAAGGAGACCUGCUUGAGAAACUAACACAGGAUAAUAUGACAAAAGUGAUGAAUAUGAUGGCAGCAGAGGCAGUGAAGGGCCCCAUUGAACUGAAAUCCCACCUCGACAAUAUCGUCUUCUACCAGCUUUUCACGCUCUGUUUUGGAGAAAAUAAGGAGAUUGGUGACCCGGAUGUAGAGUUCCUGCUCCGAGAAAAAGACAACGUGAACGAGGCUAUAGGCAACGGCCUCCGAGAAGAUCUGCUCCCGUUCCUGAAGGACGUUUACCCGUCCAAGCGGUACAUCAUCAUCAAGGAAGCGGCGGGUCGGGUGUUUUCUUUCCUAAACAGACUCUUACAGAAACACCAGGAAACGUUUGACCCCAAUAACAUCCGGGAUCUUUGUGAUCAUCUCCUUCUAGCGAGAUCCGAGGCGGAAAAAUCUGGAGACGACGAAUCCCUGGAGAAAUUAAACGAUACUUAUCUUGUUCAAACUCUGUCGGACAUCUUUUUUGCUGGUGUAGAUACGACACGACUGACCCUGGAAUGGUUUUUGUGCUUCAUCUCCGGGCUUCCGGAAAUACAGGCAAAAUGUCAGGCGGAGAUCGACAAAACAAUUGGUAGGCGUUGUCCAUCCAUCGCUGAUAGACAGUCUUUGUCCUACACCGAGGCCUGUUUGUACGAGACAAUGAGGGCGGGGGUAAUAGCAGGUCUGGGUGUGCCACAUCUGACCAUCUGCGAUACACAAGUUGGUGGACAUGACAUUCCAAAAGACACGGUUGUCCUUAUCAACCAUUUUGCACUCCAUCGGGACACAAAAUAUUGGAAAGAUCCAGAGAAAUUUGAUCCGCUACGUUUCCUGGACGAAAAUGGUAAAAUGGAUCCCACGAAACUGGACAGCUGGCUACCAUUUUCUGCUGGGAGGAGGGUAUGCCUUGGAGAGUCUAUUGCAAAGCCGGAAAUCUUAAUGAUGUGCGUCCAUCUUCUUCAACGGUUUGAAAUAUCACUUCCGGAAGGCGUGAAACCGAACUUUGUGGGUGUGCAUCGUGACGUUUUUGGAACCGAAAGUCCUGCUGACUUGCGAAUAGUUGUUAAAGAAAGAUUGAGAUAAGGGUAUAUAAGUAACAAAUAUCUUCUUAUAAGACUUAUCAUGAAUUGAAUUGCCUACUUUUAUAUUAAAUUGCACUGUGUACUUUACAAUGCCCUGUUACAUUUA